AGUCUUUGUGCUUUUCAAGACAGCGAGGCGACGGAGGAAAAAAACAGCUGGAUCCCGGAGAGCAGCCUGCGGUUUAGCGAGCUGUAGCCCCGCAAGACGACCGCUUCCCCACCACCGCCUCACUUCGACCAGUCGGGCGGCUGAUGAUGCUGUGUGAAGAUGGAGGCUCCUGAAUACCUGGACCUGGACGAGAUCGACUUCUCUGAUGAUUCAGUGUAUUCGGUGACGUCGCUGAAGAGCAUCCCUGAGCUGUCCAGGAGGAGCGAUGGCCAGGCGGAGGAGAGAGCAGCAGCUCCAGCCAUCAACUGGAGUCGGGGUGUUUCCUCGCACGGCGGAGGCGGGAUCAAACCCACGGGGCUCGCCGAGGUGCACAGCAAGUUCCGCCCGGUGAAGAGGGUUUCUCCUCUCAAACACCAGCCGGAGACCACCGACUCCGACUCGGACGGCAAAGCCCAGGGUCAGGGGCUCGGCCUGGGGGAACCAGGGGAGAGCAGCAAGGAGGAGCCCGGCUCUGACAAACCGGCCCAGGCCUCCACCUCCUCCGACGGCUCAGGAGGGAAGGCCAAGAGCCUGUGUGGCGGCGGCGGCGGCGGCGGUGUUGGUAUCGUGGGAGGCAGCAACCCACAGGCUCUGUUCGGGGAGCUGGAGCACUACGAUCUGGACAUGGACGAGAUCCUGGACGUCCCGUACAUCAAGUCCAGCCAGCAGAUGUCCACGCUGCCUCGCGUCCCGCACGACAAGCGCUCGGUGACGGGCGGCGGCCUGGGAGGAGGAGGAGGAGGAGGAGGCACGCUGGACAGGAACCGGACCGGCGGGCUGAAGGGCUCGGCUUUAGCGCACAACGAGCCGCUGAGCCUGGGCGGCAGCAGCUCGCAGACACAGUACUGCGUGCUGUCUCCAGUGAAGUGGUCGGACCUGAGGAAGUCCAAGUCGAUGGAUCCGGACCUCCACCACCUGCACCGCUCUCCUGCUGGAGGAGCGUACCAGCCCGAGCUGCUCUCCUCCGGCCUCCUCAGCUGCUCCUCCUCCCUCUCCUCCUUCUCUGACGCAGACAAGCUGCUGUCAGCCCGAGUCUUCCCCGACUCCCAGAGCCAGCGGCCGGGCGUGGAGCCCACGGGGGGUCCAGGGCUCCUGUUCCCCAGGCAGGACGGGGUGAAGAGCUGGGCCUCCUCUGCAGCAGGAGGAGGAGGAGCAGGAGGAGGAGGAGGAGGAGGAGGAGGAGGAGGAGGCUGCAGGGCGUACGGAGCCGGAGGAGCAGCAGCAGAACUGGACGAGGAGGCCAAGAAGCAGCAGAACAUCAUCAACAUCAUCAGAGAGGGACAGAUCUCACUGCUGCCUCACCUGGCGGCGGACAACCUGGAGCUGAUCAGAGACGAGGACGGGAACAACCUGCUGCACAUCUCGGCCUCGCAGGGCCACGCCGACUGUCUGCAGCACCUCACCUCUCUGAUGGGCGAGGACGGCCUCAACGAGCGCAACAACCAGCAGCUCACGCCCGCAGGCCUGGGCGUCAAGAACGGACAUUUGGAGUGUGUGAGGUGGAUGGUGAGCGAGACGGAGGCCAUCGCAGAGCUGAGCUGCACCAGAGAGCAUCCCAGUCUGAUCCACUACGCUGCCCGCCACGGCCAGGAGAAGGUCUUGUUGUGGUUGCUGCAGUUCAUGCAGGAACAGGCGAUCUCUCUGGACGAAGUCGACCAGAACGGAAACACCGCCGUCCACGUGGCGGCUCAGUACGGCCACCUCACCUGUCUACAGCCCGGGGGUUUAGCUUUGGGGGGGCAUGGCCUUGUCCUGGGGGGCGGCUGCGGCCCGGGCCACCCCGGUAGAUCCGGCCCUGCAGCUCCCACAAUCCUUCAGGCCAGCGGAGACGCCGUGUGUGUUCAUGAGCCGUUCACACAAACUGAAGGAAAGUGA